AUGUUUAAAGACUUAGGAUAUUAAUUGUUAAUUAAAUGGAAACUCUGGAAAGUAUUGGUAGUAAUAUUUCCAUUUACAUUUAUUUAUGGAAUAUAUCUACUCUUUGUAGUAUCUUCAAAUUCAGAUAGGAAUUCAUUUGAUGGAAGUCAAUUAAUUCAUGUUGAAAUAAAUAAUUAGUUAGCUUAAACUUUAAGUUUGGCUGCUGAAUAAUAUAUGAAAGAAUUUGGGAAGACAAGAGAUAUAAAUUAAUUAAUGAUGGAAAAACUCAGUAAUUUGGGUUUGGAAACAUUUUAUUAGGAGAAAUACAAAAAUAUAAUAGCAAAAUUGAAAGCACCAAGAAGUCCUGAUUAUGAAUGCAGUUUGAUAUCAUUUGAAUAUAAUGAUGAAUAUCCUAAUAUAAAAAUUAGAAGUAUUGCAUAUGUGUUGGCACUAAUUAAAUUAUAUUAAUCAGAUUGUAUUAAAAAAUAUGACUAUUCUUAGAAAUCAAUUAUUUAUCUAGAGAUAUAAUAUUUGUUGGCUAUCAUACAAAAUAUAAAAGAUAUGGUUAAGGAAUAACAGCAUUUUUAGAAGAAUAUGUAAACCCUUAGGGAGUAUCCUUUAUGCCAAGAUCUGGAACUAUUAGAUCUUCGAUUAAUAUUAAUAUUGAUGAUAAAUUUGAUUCUAUUGCAUUAAAAGUGUUUGGAUUGAAUGGCAAAGUUUCAGAUAGAGAUUAUUAUAAUAGUAUUAAUAUGAUUAUGGAAAAACAAAAUUUUUAAUAUUAAUUUACAGAAUCUAAUUAUUAUUGGAUGUAAUAACUUGAAAAAUACUUAGAAAAGGAAAUAAGAUCAUAUUGGAAAUUAUUACAAUUAGAUUCCAUUUAUUAAAUACCAUCUAAAAGAUUUUUAUUUAUGGACCCUUACUUUUCAAAUUAGAUUGAGAUGUUUUAAGGAGAUUUACAUGAUGCACAUUCUUAUAUUAUGAAAUAUGGAAUAUAUUCAUUAACAUUAAGAGGAUAUAAUACUUAAAAUAAAGAUGAUUCAGUUUUGCUUACUAAUAAGUUAUUAUUGGUUGGAGAAGCAAGUAUUAAGGCUUUAAUGGCAAAUGAUGAAUUUAUCCAUUCUGGUUCAACACUUUAUAUACCAUUAAACAGAAGUUUUACAUUGACUAUAUAGAAUUAUUGUUUGCCUUAUGUAUUUGUUAUAUUGAGUUGUGCCAUCUUUGCUAUAAAAUCUGUUUAUAGUAGAUGGCAUUUUAAUUUAUUCAAUGAUGAUAAAAAGGAAUUGGGUAGAAGUAAUUCUAUGGUUGCACAUAAAGCAAUAAUUGAAAUAUUUAUGGGGUUUACUUUAUGUUUCAUUCCAAAUAUACUAAAUUAUUUGGAUAAUAAAUAAUUUGAUUAUUUUGAUUAAUAUUUUGCGAUUAUGUUGACGAUCAUAGUGAUUUAUUUGAUAAUUAUAUAUUCUUCUAGGAAAUGGAUAUUUGGAUAAUUUUCAUUACCUCGUAGAGAAAGUGUUGCAGAAUGGUUAUGGGUUGAAUUAGUGAUUCAAGUGUGUUUUGUUAUGAUGUAUGCAGGUAUAGUUCACAUACCUAUAGCUACUUUUAUUGCCAUAUUCUUAGGACCUUGGUUUUUCUUUAUUUAACCAUUAAGAUUUAAACGUAUUAUAUAAUAUUUUAUUAUAGCUAAUUUCAAAAUCUGGGAUAUAUUCUCAUAUGUAAUCAAUUUAUUGUUUUUAUAUGGAUAUUUCUAGAUAUUAUCAUACUUUGGAUUUGAUUAAAUGCUUGCAUUUUACAAAUAAGUGGUCAUCAAUUAUAAUGAAGUUGGAGUUUAUUUAUUUUAUUACUUAAAUGGUGCUUUGAUUCCAUCUUUAAUAAGAUUUGCUGAGUUAUUGUUAUUUUGA